UGCUCCACAACAUCACCACCACCGCCACCAUAAUCUCUCUUCCUCUUCUUAAGCAUCUUCUUCUUCAUUUCUUCAUUGUCUUCCAGUUCUUGCAUGGCAGUGAGCUUUUUAAGGCACGAGGUAUCUGACCUCUGUCUGGGCAAGCCGGCUCUGAGGUCUCUCUCCAUCUCGGCCACCGUUGCCGAUGCCGUUGAGGCCUUGAGGAUCUCGGAAGACAACUUCAUCAGCGUCUGGGAUUGCAACCAUCACUCCAAGAGUCUCGCCGGAGACCAGUGCCGGUGUGUCGGGAAGCUGUGCAUGGUCGAUGUGAUUUGCUAUCUUUCCAAAGAUGACAACUUGUCGUCUCCAUCUGCUGCGCUGAAGGCACCGGUGUCUGAAAUCUUGACAAAGAUUCCGGGAACUGUUAUGCACGUUGACCCAUCUUGCAGACCACAGGUCAACCAAUUACCCAAAACUAAAUUACUUACUCUGUUUCACAGCUUAUUGCAAGCCAUUGAUCUAAUUCUCCAAGGAAACCAGAACCUGGUGGUACCAAUUCAGAGCGGGCUAAGCGGCACUUCAAGAAGAAAACAGUUCCCAAAAUCCACAAACUACAUGACCACAACAACCAAUCACAACGGUCAAGAAUUUUGCUGGCUAACACAGGAAGACGUAAUCCGAUUCCUUCUGAGCUCAAUUGGGGUCUUCUCUCCCAUGCCUGCUCUCUCUAUCGAUACUCUUGGGAUCAUCAACACCACAGACAUCUUGGCCAUCAACUACCACUCUCCGGCAAGCUCGGCGGUCCAGCUCAUAUCUCAGUCACUCGAGCAGCAAACCUCAGUGGCUGUUGUGGACAUGGAUGAUGUGUUGAUCGGUGAGAUCUCGCCUUUCACUCUGGCCUGCUGUGACGAGUCGGUGGCUGCAGUCAUCGCCACUCUGUCUUGCGGAGAGCUCAUGGACUACAUUGACUGUGGAGGACCACCUGAGCACUUGAUCAAGAUUGUGACAGAGAGAUUGAAGGAGAGGAAGUUACAAGGAGCUUUGGAAAAUUACUCAUCAGCAACUAAUGCUUCUGCAAACUUAGGGUCGUCGUCUUCUUCUUCUUCAUCAGAUGAGGAGUCCUCUGGGUCUCUAAAUAGUACCAAACUCAGGUCUGCGGGAAGAUUUAGUAGGUCAAAUAGCUACUCGGCUAGAAUGGUGAGGAGGUCUGAGGCCAUAGUUUGUCAUCCGAAGAGUUCGUUAGUGGCUGUGAUGAUUCAGGCAAUUGCUCAUAGAGUGAACUAUGUCUGGGUUAUUGAGGAUGAUUAUAACUUGGUGGGUAUUGUCACUUUUUCUGGGAUGUUAGAGGUUUUCCGGGAACACUUGGAGACCAUGAUCUAGAAUGUUAAAUGAUAAGGGUCUGUAGUAAAAGUUUUGGCAAUUCACAUGAUGAAAUGAUUUCCAGUGAACUCGUUGUGUGAGUGGUUAAUCCUCAGCGGCACUGCUAGCUAGGGUAGUUGGGUCACUUAUCCUGAGUUUUACAGGAAUGAGAGAAAUAAAAUCAGUAAAUUACCAUAUGACGACAGUGAUCCGUUUACACA